CGAGAGGAGUUUCGGUAUGGGCUCUCUAAAAUAGAUAAACAUGCACAGAAAGGCUGGAUGUGGAGGUAUUUUAACCACAGUCUAUAUCACAUCGGUUUUCAAUGGGGGAACUGGAGUCAGAGCAGACAGUACUGCAGAGAGAAAUCAGCCGACCUGGUGAUCAUAAACAGCAGAGAAGAACAGGAGUUUGUAGAUAGCUUGUCCAAGGGCAGUUUUGCAAGUUUUUGGAUUGGUCUGACUGACAGAGACACAGAGGGGGUGUGGAAAUGGGUGGAUGGUACAGCACUGAACACUGGGUACUGGGAUGGAGGGAGUCCCAGCAAUUUGAAUGGAAAUGAGGACUGUGUUGCUACUGAUCAUAAUUUUUAUAGUCUGAAAAGCUGGAAUGCUGUGUCAUGUUCUAAUCGUUUAAGUUUGAUCUGUGAGAAGAGACUUUUCUAGUGACAUCACAAUGGUAAUCGUACUUUUCUGAUAAGUGUA